AUGUCUGACAAUCAAGGAGGCGUACCACCACAAGGAACACAAGAACUAACCGUAUUUGUGCAAAAUUUACUUCAUCAAAUGCAAAAAAGAUUCCAAGACAUGUCUGACACAAUUAUAAAAAGGAUUGAUGAAAUGGGAACCAGAAUAGAUGACUUAGAAAAGAGCAUCGGAGAGUUAAUGCAACAAGCAGGAAUUCCUGAAGAACAACUUAAAGAUGAUUCCAAUUCAAAUGAAAACAAGUAA